GUCCUUGCUCUGGUCUGAAUUGUAAUCCACGAGUUCCGGGGGGAAAAAAAAAAAAAAAAAAAAAACAGAAGCAUUUUGCUUGUAAAGGUAAUAUUUGGUAAGCUGUUGAACCCUAUGAAAUAAUCUACCGAAAACAAAAGGUAUCUAUAUCUGGCUGCUGAAUCAUGAUCACUCCGGCGUUUGAACUGAGUCAAGAGCAGCAUUUCCUCACCAUAACGAUCCACGUUCCCUACGCAAGAGCAUCAGAGUUUGACCUAUACAUCGACGGAGAGGAUUUUAAAUUGUACGCCAAACCAUAUUUCCUGAGAUUGACCCUCCCGGGCAGGAUUGUGGAGGAUGGAAGAGAAAAGGCCUCUUUUGAUGUCGAUAAAGGACUCUUUACAAUCAGGAUUCCUAAAGAGACCCCAGGUCAGCAUUUUGAAGGGCUGGAUAUGCUGACUGCUCUUCUUGCACCAAAAGGAUCCCGAUCUGCCAAACCUUUGGUGGAGGAGAUGGAAGGAUCUGUGACUGAGGAAGAAGAGGAGGAGGAGGAGGAAUUUGACUGGCAGAUUGAUCAGACACCUUACGUUGUGACCACAGAGGAAGAAUUGAACUCUCUCUGUAGAUAUGGCUUCGGAAAUCAAAGAGCAGGCGUCUUCACCCGACUUCAGGAUGAACUGGGUGAUGUCAUUGAUGUGAAGAGUCCAGACAACACCACAGCAGCUGAGCGGAGACAGAAGCGUCUGGCUGCUGAACAAGCCAAGUUCGAUCCUGAUCAUUACCUUGCAGACUUGUUUGAAGAUGAUUACAUCCAACACAUUUUGAAAUACCAGCCAUGGUGGAUUGAAGCUAAAAAUGAAAGAGAGAAAAAGCUACAGACAUGUCUUGAACGGCAUACAGAGGAAGCAACAGUGACUUUUUCAGAAGAGGAAAAGGAGCAGCUGAGAAAAUUCACCAACAAAUCCUACCUGUUAGAUAAAAAGGCCUCUCAUCAAGUAUGGACCAGCCUAGUUGAUAUAAUUCUGGCGUAUGCCUAUGAAGUCCGCACCACUGAAGGAGAAACAAACGUUGAAUCAGCGUGGAAUAUAAGGAAGUUGAGUGGAACGCUCAGCUGGCUGGAGUCAUACAACUCAAUUCAAAAUGUCUUGGAGUCGUGUGGAAGAAGAGUGCUGUGUUAUCCUCUGUACAGACACUUCAAACUUAUAGUGGCAGCAAUACAUGACACCAGUGUGAUAUUACAGCUAGGAAAAGCCUGCGUCCUGAAGUGCUUGUUGGAUAUUCACAAGAUUUUCCGAGAGAAUGACCCUGCCUACAUCCUUAAUGAUCUUUACAUUUCAGACUAUUGUGUCUGGAUUCAAAAGGCCAAAUCCAAAAAAGUGGUUGCUCUCGCUGAGGUCCUCCUGAAAACCAAGCUCCGAAAGGCAGACCUGGGUUUUGAAUUGGAGGAGCUGGAAGCAGCCGCUCUGUUAGUGCAAGAAGAAGAAAACAGACUAACAGCAGUUUGUCAAAUCUCCAGGCAAAGGCAGAGCACUUCAGCCUCGGAAAAUGAGGAGACGGAGGACUCAAGUAGCUGUUCUUCAAGCAGGACAGACAACUCUGAUUCAGAGGAAGGAGAUUCUCCAGGCAGAGCUGAAGACAUACAAAUCAAACAACCAAGUAUUCUGGAGCAAAAGGCUGGUCCCCCAGGAGCAACGAUCAUCCCUGUGGCAAAUCCUAGAGCUGAGCAAUUAGACUGUGCAGCAGAACUGCCAGCCAAUGAAAAUGCAGCUAUUUCAGAUUCCACUGUGAAAAAGGUUCAAAGUGCCUCUUCGUCGAUAACCAGAAAACUGAUAGAGGAACUCGGCGAGCAAGUGCACUCAGUAGUGAAGAUCUCCGAGUGGUCUGAAGGGACUGCUUCUAAAAGCUGUAACGUGCUGCAGGAUGAACAAGCAAAGCCUUCUGUAGAAACCACAGAACACACAGUGCCGAGACCAGCAGGAGCUCAACAGGGGCAUUUCUUAGAGGUGGGUCCUAAGAGAAACCCCUUGCUUAUCAUAGCAAACUGCCAUGAGGAUGUAGAAGAUUCUUAGAGCGUGACAUGCAUGUAGAGAGAGAUAAGAGACUUCAAGACUGGUGCCAGGAAGUCUUAACCCCUUCCUAGUGCUUGCUUGCAAAGCAUGACCAACUAAUUAACAGGAUUAACUUGAUGCAUAAUUAAAUUAACUUCCACCCAUACUUAUUGGCAGUGUCAGUACUUUGGAAACCAGCAUUUUAGAAUUCUUUGAAGCAUGACAAUUAAGCAUUCAAUUGUCAUUUUUUUAAAAAUAUAUACUGAAUGUUUUGUAUCGACAAGAUCAUGCCUAACAUAAAGCUCAUAGAAAGAGUGUCUAGGUUAAAUAUUUCUUUUUUUUUAUGCUGUAGUUUAAAUUUCACCUGACCUAACAUGUUUCAUUCUCCCAAAUAUUUCCUGAUAUUUUAUUUGUAUGCCUUAGGUUGCAUUGAUCAAAGCAAGUGUUUUGCUUUUUUUCUCUUUUUCUCGGCUAUACAGGCUAAAAGUAAAUCACAGUGCCAGGUGGAUGAUUAAUUACUGUAAACACCUGUUAAAAUCAUAAGAUAUAGGAGUACUAAAAUCAAACUAAUGUUUUUAAUGUAAAACCAUAAACUAAUAUUUCAAGUUUCUUUUUUGGUACUUUAAAUGAAAUGUAUUUAUUUUUGUCCUUGCAUAAAUCCAUCAAUAUAUUUUGACAGAAAUAAACAGUAAGAAUGAAGUACAAUACUUUGAAGUUUUUUUGAGCGCUUUUAACAUACUAUUAGUCUAUGAAAAGUCUUCUUUACUUUCACAUGUGCACAUCUAUAAAAGAUAAUGUUUGCAGGACCUGUACCAACUUACUUGUUUCAACGGAAUAACAUUUUUGUAAUGAGAUUUGAAUGCAGCCACUUUAAAAGGACAUGCUCAUUUCUAUAAGCAGCAGUAAGUAUUACAAUGCACUAAUCCAGAAAAAAAGAACUGAUUUUGUUAGCAGAUUGACACUUGAGACGCAGUCAUUCAAAUGUAAAUACAAAGAGACCCAGUCGUCUGUAACCUAAUCCAGGCAAUGAUUUGACAACCAGAAGGAUUUACUGUUAGAAAUGUGCCCCUUUUGUCUUUUCAUCUUUAUUUGCCGUCAGGAGUUUAUGAGCACAGAUCAUGUGUUUAAUGUAAAUACAAACAAAUCCCUUUCCGGUCUGUGCUGCUCUCUGGUGCUGUUAGGGUUAAAUUACCACGUUUAUUUCUGCAGCGAUUGUUCCUUGGGGGCAAGUCGUUCAGUGCUCAAAAUUAAUAGCGACAUCAAAGGUGUUGGGCUAACACCUUUUGGCUGUCCUUAGGGAACCAGAUUUCAGUUACUACAUAAAAUACAAAAUUCAGGCGAGUUCAGCUGCCUCAUAUCUUUUGAACUUGGAUGACAAUUUUAGUGUCUGAUGAUGAUAUCGGCAUAUUAGACAAAACAUUUUAAAUCUUUGUCAGAAGCUGGAAAGGGAAUUAAAGAAACCUUCUGUAAUUCUGCAGCACACGUUCUUGUAAGAAUGACCAAUGUCCUUGCAUGUGCCACAAUGUUGCAUGGAUUUUUCAGAGGUGUCAUGACCUCCUAAUCCAGUAAUUAUUUUAAGUGGAAGUGUACUAUAUAUAGCUAUAUACAUACCAGCGGAAUGGCCACUACUCGUCCCAACAGCUUCUCUGUGGAGAUGUGUUGCUUUUUUUUGUCCUGCCAGCAUGCUUCAUUUUACAACCCAGUCAGCGUUGCGUGUUCUGUUACCUCAAAUUUGUUUUCUUUGUUUUAUUGAUGCACUUUUUUUCUCUAAAUAAUUUAUCUGCGUUUUGCCACAACCUUUUUUCUCAGACUAUUAAGUUCUCUGAUUUGGAGAAUUUUGGCUUUCUUUGCUGCCCUCUCAGACUGGUUUGAUUCCCACUGCCACAACGUGUACUUUCUAGUCAGCUCUGAUUACAGGAACAGUUACAGGAAUCGGAUAGGUUGACUUCCAUCAGCAAAAGCAGGAUGGUAAAACAGGAUGGUCACUAUAUAAAUUGGUGGUUUUAUGAAUCAGAUUUUAAAAAUAAAUAAAUAAAUCAUCAGUGUAUUGAUGAGACAAUCUGGACAUGCUGCCUAUUUUUAUUCAUAACCCCCAUUAUGUCUAGUCAACUGACUGCCCUUGUAGGCACCCUUAAGGCUGCCUUUUGGCCUCGUGCUUUCUUAUCCAGUAACCUCUUGUACCCUGAACCUCUGUGAUUUCCACCUAAUGCAGUCAAAGGAGCUGUUACAAUCUCACAAAGACAACCAUUGAUUACAUUGUUGGAUAUGUUGUGUUAAACGGUGCAAGUGGCAUGUGGGAGUGAUUUAUUCAUGGGCUGUGAAAGGAGAAGCACAGUUGACACAGCUCAAUAUCGUCAGAGCUUUCAUUUGUGUCUCAAGGCUGGAGAAAACAAACAAGGAAGCACAUGUCAGACAGAUAAAUGACUUCGCUGUUUCGAGCUCUGUAGGAGCCAUUGCAUUUGUUUCCAAGAUAAGAGUUCUCUAAACCAGUAACAAGAGAGGAUCAGGGAAGUAGAACAGAAUGAACC